AUGAUCACUGUUCACUGCAUCUGUUGACAGAAUGGUCCUCACCCUCCUAGGACUGGAGCCUGGACAACCACUGAAGCGGGUGUAGCUGACCAAUCUUUGACACAGAUCCCAAUUUUCGAAAUAAUGAAUUCCACAGAGGCUUACUAUGGAACGGAGGAUUAUUCUGAUACAGCUAUUGCUUUCUAUUCAAUGCCUCCAGAAGACUUGGUGUGCUCCUUGCAGGAGGUCAGACAAUUCUCCAAGGUGUUUGUGCCAGUUGCGUACUCCUUGAUAUGUGUGUUUGGCCUCCUGGGCAAUAUUAUGGUGGUGGUCACCUUCGCCUGCUACAAGCGGGCCAAGUCCAUGACGGAUGUGUACCUGCUGAACAUGGCCAUUGCCGACAUACUUUUCGUCCUCACGCUUCCAUUCUGGGCAGUCACUCAUGCCACUGGCACUUGGGUUUUCAAUAAUGCUCUGUGUAAGCUGAUGAAAGGCAUCUACGCAGUCAACUUUAACUGUGGGAUGCUGCUCCUAGCCUGUAUCAGCAUGGACCGGUACAUUGCCAUUGUGCAGGCAACCAGAUCUUUCCGGCUACGAUCCAGAACGUUGGCACACAAUAAAGUCAUCUGUUUGGUGGUGUGGGUGGUAUCAAUCAUCAUCUCCAGCCCCACAUUUACCUUCAAUCAGAAAUACAGCUUGCAGGGCCGCGAGGUCUGUGAGCCCAGGUACCAGUCUGUCUCAGAGCCCAUCACAUGGAAGCUGCUGGGGCUGGGGCUUGAGCUGCUUUUUGGCUUCUUCAUUCCCUUUCUGUUUAUGGUGUUCUGCUACAUGUUCAUUGUCAAGACCCUGCUGCAGGCUCAGAAUUCUAAACGGCACAGAGCCAUCCGUGUCGUGAUCGCUGUGGUGCUUGUGUUCCUGGCUUGUCAGAUUCCUCACAAUGUUGUCCUCCUGGUGACAGCGGUAAACACAGGUAGGAUGGACCGGUCCUGCUCCAACGAAAAACUCCUCAGCUAUACCCGGAAUGUCUCCGAGGUCCUCGCUUUCCUCCACUGCUGCCUCAACCCCGUGUUGUAUGCAUUUAUUGGACAAAAAUUCAGAAGCUAUUUCCUGAAGAUCAUGAAGGAUGUGUGGUGUGUGAGAAGAAAGAAGGUGCCAGGCUUCCUCUGUGCCCGGAUGCACUCAGAAAGCUACGUAUCCAGGCAGACCAGCGAGAUUGUGGAUAAUGACAAUGCAUCAUCCUUUACCAUGUGA